AUGGCGGCAAUGAUUCUUGCCCCGUUCGCACAUCUUCCGAUGAUGCAGCUAGUCGCGCUGGUUGUGCUGGCUUGCCUGCCCUUUGUCGGCAAGGCCGCUAGCCACAUUGACGUAGUGCAAAGCAUUACGACUGAUGGCCGUUGCCAGUUCUUUCAUACCUUUGAGAUAGACGGCACGCAGUACUUGGUCGAGGCCAAUGAAAAGAGCGGUACAAAUUUUAAUGUAGAUUCAAAGAUCUAUCGCUGGGAUGGCACUUCCUUCGUGGAGUUCCAGAGUAUCGCUACAUCUGGAGCAUUGGGCUGGGAAUCUUUUAUUAUAGACGGGACCCAGUACCUGGUCGUGGCCAACUACUACGAUGGUGCUUCCUACAACACCAACUCAAAGGUUUACCGCUGGAAUGGCACUUUCUUUGCAGACUUCCAGAGUAUCGCUACCGAUGGGGCAAAUAGCUGGGAAUCCUUCAUCAUCGAUGGAACCCAGUACCUGGUCGUGGCCAACUACCAAGGUGCCGAUUCGAAGGUUUAUCGCUGGAAUGGCGCUUCCUUCGUGGAGUUCCAGAGUAUAGCUACACAGAAAGCAUGGAGCUGGGAAUCCUUUAUCAUCGACGGGACCCAGUACCUGGUCGUGGCCAAUUACAACAAUGGUGCCGAUUCAAAGGUCUACCGCUGGGAUGGCACUUCCUUCGUGGAGUUCCAGAGUAUCGCCACAGAUGGAGCCGCUACCUGGGAAUCUUUCAUCAUCGACGGGACCCAGUACCUGGUUGUGGCCAAUUCCUACGACCAUGGUGGUGCUUCUUACAACGUCGAUUCCAAAAUAUACCGCUGGGAUGGCACUUCUUUUACAGAGUUCCAGAGUAUCGCUACAAGUCAAGCAAGGGCCUGGGAAUCUUUCAUCAUCCAUGACACGCUGUAUUUGGUCGUGGCCAAUCGCUACAAUGGUGCUUCUUUCAGCGUCGAUUCAAAAGUUUACCGCUGGGAUGGCACUUCCUUUGUAGAGUUUGAGAGCAUCGCUACCGAUGGAGCGAGUGGCUGGGAAUCCUUCAUCAUAGACGGCGCCCAGUACCUGGUCAUGGCAAGCAACAGUGCCACCGGAUAUCCGGGCUAUGUAUACACUGUAACAAUCGCAACAACGACCACCAGGACCAUGACGAUGAGCACCAGCACUAGCACCAGCAGGACCAGCAUCAGCAGCACUAGCACCAGCUGGACCAGCACCAGCAGCACUAGCACCAGCAGGACCAUGACAAGCACCACCACCCGCACAGAGCCCCCCUCUGCCCUUGCAUCCAGUCAGUUUGCAUUCGCAGAUGCGAGCGCUUGGGGCCUGGGCGCUUUGGCCUUUUACCUUGCGGCCUUAGCCGUGUCUUUAGUCAUGGCCCGCCUUUGGGCUCGUGCAGGUGAAGCACCAGCCCAAGUGGCCCAAGAGGCUCGGAUGUUGGGCAAAGCCAUCCCGGACCCGGAGCACCAGACACAUCAGAUACCCGGAGCACAAGAUCACGAACAGAAAGAAGCAGAUACCGAGCAAACAGACCCUCCGGCACCCGAGGAGACCAUGCCGAUGUCCCGAAGGAUUCGACGUUCCUGCCAUGUGCUGACAUUGAACAUGGUAUUGGAGAGCGGGAAUCUGGUGUCGUCGCUGUUGUAUGUCCUCGGGGCAUACCAGCGAUCGACGCUGAUGGGAUUCACCGCUGCCUGUGGCUCUGGGCUCCUAAUGCCGGUGCGGAGCAGGGAAUGCCCAAAUGAAAGUGAAAUACUGGCGCUGCCUACGUGCCAUCAGGGCCUACUCACGGAGGCGUUUUGCGAAGCAGACAUCCAGGUCCCGAUGCCGGGCUGCCACGUCUCCCGCGAGCUGGAUAACUGCGGGCGGUAUGACAUCUACAGUAUGCAGAUGAUGGCUUGCAGUGACAUCGGGUGCUCAAGUGUGGCUUUCGGGCUUUGGUUCGUCGCACUCAUGUCGCUGGGCCUGACCAUUGUGUGGACCGCAGUGUUCUAUGCGAGGACGCUGGUCAAGCGGCUGGAACAAAGUAGGCAGCAGCUUUGGCAGAGGCGCAUUUGUGGCUUCAUGACGUCGCUGCUCCUCCUCAUUCUCAUCACCUACAUCGUUGGAAUCGAGGGCGGAACCAGCUCUGUGCUGGCCAUGGCCCUCCUUUGCCCGUUGCUGCUUUUGUGCGCUUGGGUUCUGGCACUUGGUGUCACAUUCUUGCCAGAGAAGGCAGAUUUCAAUCAGGUGGAAAGAGCUGAGGAGACCGAGCCAGAGCUGAAGAAGAGGAGGAGGAUGGAGGCUGUCAUGGGCAAAGCGGCCGCCUUGGAAAUCCCUUUCUUCAACGCUCUGAUGGCGAUAAAUUUGAUUCUGGGUGUCUCUCAGAAAUGGUUAUUUUGCUGCAAUCGUCCUAGCUUGCCAAGUGGUGAUGCUUAUUGGCGUUGCUGUUGCUAGGUUAUUUUCCCUUUUGAUUUUGUUGCAGACAAAGCAUUGCAUUGUAUAACGGACACCCAUUCAAAAACGCUUUCUACACCGUUCCAUUCCUUCAGCUGUACCCACCUCAGGAAAGAGGAUGACGUGGAGCUGCUGCAUGAGUUUCGGGGACCUCUCAACACAGGACUCCGGGUGGUUGAAGACAUCCCUGAGCUCCUCGUGGCCUGCCUUGACUUGUACUACUUUGGGGGCGCCUGGUAUGCAUGGCUCGGAAUGACUUGCUCAUUUUUGAUGAUUGCGUUUCACUUAUGUGUCGGCAUGUUCUUGACUUGCCGCGAAGAAGCAAAGUCGGUGGCCCAACGAGGCUACACUAUGGACACAGAAUGAGGUUGCAAGGGCAUCCAUCAUCCUUGUUCAUUUAAAUUUCCUUGCCUGGAACAACAUGCAGAGCAUUGAGGAAACUGAUUGUUUCUUGAAGAGAAAUGUUUCUAUAGUUGUAAGGAUUUGGAGAACAUUUAAUUAGUUGUCGUCCUGGAGCAGUUUGAAGUUGC